AUGAGUUUUGGCUGGUCAUUUGGCGAUGUGGUUGCUGGCAUCAAUCUGAUCUUCAAGGUUUAUAACGCCGUUUCCGAUGGUCCACGCAAUUCAAAAGUGGAAGCGUCGCAAUUCUUUGCGGAUUUCAGCGAAGUCAUAGUCCGUCUUGACAAGUGGGAGGCAAGGAAGGCGGCAUGCGACAAGGAUCAGAACCUGAGGGCAUCUCACGAGGAACUCAAAGAACUUUGUACUACCUUUAUCAAACGACACUUUAGAAUCAUUCAACAGGCGAAUCCAGACACUAGAACAGGCAGACCAGGUCGUUCAACAUGGAUCAAAAAAGUGUCGUUCACCGGCUCCCAAGUCGCCUCGUUAUACAACCAGGUCCAAUGGCCGUUCGAAAGAAAAGAGCUGAGCAGGCUGCGAGAGAAGUUGCAGUUCUUUCUACAACUUUCAGCAUGGGAUGUGGCGUUGGACACCAACCAGAUAGUUAAUGAGUUUAAAUCAUCGCACGCCGAACUGCUCUCCUCGAAUCUAAAGUUGGUCUCUUCACAUCUCGACCUCGUGUCACGCAUUACAUUCAACUUGAAGCGAGUAACACAUCCGCUUGAAUCGGGAUCUCUGUCAAAUCAGAUUGACUAUCCUAUGCUUCGGCAUCUCGACCAGGCUCUUCGACCACCUGAGCCAUUACGUGCGAUACAUGCCCCGCCCCAAUUAGCGAGUUUACCGUGGCAUGGUCUUCAGCACGGAGAGGAUGCGGAGCUCAGUGCUGUAUCAGUAACCCAUCAUUACGACUCGGACAUGGGAGAUCUGGAUGAGAGUGAAAUGCGUGGAUUGCUUUCCCGACGGCUUGACAACAUGUCAAUGCGAGUUCGAAGAGUAGAGACCCUCGAGAGCUUACCAGAAGAUGCUUCAGCGGAUGGUAUAUCUACGACGCAAGACCUUAUGACACGCCUUCGUAACAUGCGGGGACAAAUAGGUGGCGCUGUUGGUAUUUCAGAGCCCAGCCAGUCGCACGAGGUAAUCGAAGAAGACGUCGUUGAUCCGGGAACUGCAUUGCAAACCGAGAUUGAGGCGUGGAAUAAGUUGGAGGAGAGAAUUGAAAGAGAGAUUUUGCAUCCCGGUCGCCUUCUGACUCCUGGUCCAGACACAAGACUGUCAGAAUCUAACCCAAUCCCAAUCCCGUCAUGCAAUCCGGCACGAAAUGUCGCCAGUUCACUUUCACCUCCUCCCAGUCCACAUAAUGGUUGGCAUGCACAGUCACAUGGAAGUCCGGAUAGCUCCAGAGGCUAUUUUUCUACUUCGCCUGGCACAUCACGCGCGACCACCCAACGCAGACGUAGCUCUGCUUCGUCGACAUCUACCUCUCCGACACCAUCGAUCCAAUUGGAACACUUUCUCCGUGUUCAAGUAUCGUACCCAGGGCAUACUAAGACCGCAGUCAUUCACUCAAUAUCACAAUCUGAUGAAGGAGAUGUGCGGUCAAUCAAUUUGACAAGUGAGGAUGGAACGACAGAGAUCCGUCAUUCGGUUGAUUUAAAAGCACCGGCACUGACCGAGACAUCGAUGAAACCUUUCCUCGAUAACAGUCACGUUGACAAAACCCAUCGAUUCCGCGUACAAUUCCAAGGCGCUCACAAUAUUAAAGUCACGAAGGUUGCUAGCAAUAGCAGGCCAGUACGACAUCAAUGCCCACCAAUUUAUACCUUCUUUAAAGAGAAAGACUACUUAUGCUUUCAACAGCACUUACUCAACAAGGCAGUUCAACAACAGAAAGACGUAAUGUCCAUCAAAUCCAGUGUCGGAGAGGUACAAUCAAGGCUUGGAACGAUUCGAAUUCUCCUCGACUUAUACAGUGGCACCCGUCAUAUUUUCUAUUUCAGACAUACCUCCGAGCAGAAGCAUGGCUUUGUAGAAUGGCCUGUCAAUAUCUUCAAAGAUCCAUCUGAACCGAGACCUGGAAAUAAAGUACUUAAAUUGGACAGCCGAGAUGGGAAAUCUUUGACUCUCGCAAAAGGCCUCUCAAGGCGAAGUACUCAGGGCAGCAUCUCAACAAUUGCCUCAUCCGAUGCCGCUGGCUCGUCUACGAAACGCGGAGAUAGAUCUCCGACCUACAAAAGUAUAAAGGGCUUGAUUAUUGAAUUCUAUGACUUUGAUGAUUGCCACGAAUUCUGGGAUGAAUUUCGAGCAAGGGAAGUUACAUUUUUCGAAAGCCGUGGGCUUGGGUUGAUUCAGACAGCGGAACUUCCAGCUGAUGUCCCUGCCGAGUUGCCAGGGUGA